UUGAAAUUAUAUAUACUGUAGGCAGUGAGGGUUUACAGAUGCCAGUAUAUAUAAUUAUAUAUAAGUUUUAAGAAUUUAAAGACUUCAAUAACAAUGGCAACAGGUGGGGAUAUCACUAUAGAUGAAACUGACCAAAUGCAAGAUGAAUUUUUUGAUAUUCAGUGUACACUUUGUGAACUAAAGAAUAAAAACUGCAAAGCAGAAAAGUAUUGUGUGGACUGUAAAGAUUAUUACUGUUCAACAUGUGUCAAGUUUCAUGAAGAUAUUCCAGCUUUAUUAAAACACAAAAUUCUAGAAAAGGAUCAAUUCCAGUCAAUGUCAAGACAAACACAGUUGCCCAUACCAACAGAAAGAUGUGAAAACCAUAAUCAUAAUUGUGUUGACAUGUACUGUGAAGAACAUAAUCAGGUGGGAUGUCAAAUGUGCAUGGCUAUAUAUCAUAGAUCUUGUAAAGACAUAUCCUUCAUACCAGAAUUUCUUACCAACAAAACAAAUAUUUACAAAGUUGAUGAUGCUGAAAAAAAGCUUCAAGAAAUAACACAAAAAGUGCAUCAAUAUCAAGACAAGUUUGAAAGUAAAAGGAACAAAGUCCUUGGAAACAAAGAACAACUUUUGCAGCAAGUAGCUACAAUAAGAGAAAGUAUCAAUACACGGCUAGAUGUACUGCAGCUUGUGUCUAUUACACAGAUAGAGGAAAUAACAGAACCAGCCCUAGAAAAUAUCCAAGAUGACCUAAAAGUACUUGAGGGAACCGAGGCCCUGCUGCACUCUGCAACAAACACUCUAGUAUCUACAGGAAACAACAUUUCACAAGACUUUGUAAACAUAAUUAAAAGCAAAAACAUUGCAAAAGAAGUUGAGAGGUUUCUUGAUAGAAGUAAACCUGAAGAACAAAAUGAAGAAAUUGAGCUGAAGGUCAAUGAAGUCCUCUCUGAUAUGCUCCGAGAGAUGGAUAGCUUGGUAAGCUUAGAAGUAAACAAAGUUCCCAUAAGCUCUAUAGAUGAACCUUCCACAAAAUAUGAAAUGUGUAAAGAUGAUGACACCGUAGUUUUCAGAGGACUUCAAGGAUUUAACAGAGAAGAAAACAAAACUGGAAAAAAUUAGAAAAUGAAACGAUCUCUGGAGAAUGUACCACUGAAAGUAACCAAAAAAAGACUAAAUAAUGUUUUACAAGAGGAACCAAAAGAAAACAAGCAUUUAAAAAAAUUCAAAUUCAAAUCUAAAAAAAUGAUCGAUGUCAAAUAUCCAUCAGACCUAAGUACUCCAAAUAUCUACAGCAUUUGCUUCCUACAAGAUGGAACGCUAGUACUAGCUGACUUCAGUAACCUAAGGUUAAAAAGAGUUGACAGACCUGGAUAUUCUAUAUUAGACUACUGUGACAUCCCGGGAAAGCCUUGGCAAGUUUGCACCAUAUCUAACAACGAGGUGGCUGUCUCUUGCUCAGAUACAGUCUUACAUGUUGUUUCCCUUCAACCCAAGAUGAAGAAAACUCGCAUGAUAAAACUUACACAUAGCUGCAGAGGUUUGGCAUAUGCCAACGGAAACUUGUAUCUUUCUGAUUCUACAUCAGUAUAUAUUUAUGAACUUAAAGGCAAUACGCUUAAACAGUUGUUUAACCCUUUCCCCCAUGAGCAUAUUGUGAAAAAUGGCCAUUUUCACUGAAAAGCCUCCUCUCACAAGUUCAAACUGCUAUGAAACUAUGAAAAAUGCUUCAAUACUAAUCAAACUUGGCACAAAUGUUGACUGGACCAUUGCCUUUGUAACGACAUGCUCAGUCUUAAAUUUCCUGUUACCAUGGCAACGAGGGGACAUCUCAAAAUUGCCAAAAAUCACUUUUUUGCCUCGAUUUUUUCCAUCAAAAUUUAUUUCAAAGUGCUGCAACUUCUCAAGGGAUUGAGAUAGAGUCAAAGGCUUUUCAGCGUUGGUUACACGUUACCUUAUGAUCGACCUGGGGUCAUUUUAAGCCUCUCACAAGUCCAAAAUUUUCUUGGCGAUGAGGGGGACUCCGCCCCCCUUCAAACCCCCCAAACAGAAGGGGGCACAUCCCCCUUCUGGCAACCCCCUGAUGUAAUAUUUGGAUGGGGGACGGCGCCGAAAAAAUGGUCAAUUUUUUUAACAACAUUUCUCAAACGAAAAACAGUGUUUGGGGCCUAAAUAGGGCAUUUUUUCACUGUUUGAGGCCUCAAAAAAGGGGGGGGGGCAAAAAGCCGUCGAAACACGCUUAUAUAAGGGAAAAGGUUAACAAAAAAUGAUGAAAAACCUUGGAACCACCCAAAAUCUAGUUUUUCCAUGUUAACAUUUGGUCUUUUACCUAAUUUUGGUGAAAAAUUGAUGUUUUGUAACAUUUAUAAUUUUUUUAGUUAACCCUUUCCCCCAUGAGCAUAUUGUGAAAAAUGGCCAUUUUCACUGAAAAGCCUCCUCUCACAAGUUCAAACUGCUAUGAAACUAUGAAAAAUGCUUCAAUACUAAUCAAACUUGGCACAAAUGUUGACUGGACCAUUGCCUUUGUAACGACAUGCUCAGUCUUAAAUUUCCUGUUACCAUGGCAACGAGGGGACAUCUCAAAAUUGCCAAAAAUCACUUUUUUGCCUCGAUUUUUUCCAUCAAAAUUUAUUUCAAAGUGCUGCAACUUCUCAAGGGAUUGAGAUAGAGUCAAAGGCUUUUCAGCAUUGGUUACACGUUACCUAAUGAUCGACCUGGGAUCAUUUUAAGCCUCUCACAAGUCCAAAAUUUUCUUGGCGAUGAGGGGGACUCCGCCCCCCUUCAAACCCCCCAAACAGAAGGGGGCACAUCCCCCUUCUGGCAACCCCCUGAUGUAAUAUUUGGAUGGGGGACGGCGCCGAAAAAAUGGUCAAUUUUUUUAACAACAUUUCUCAAACGAAAAACAGUGUUUGGGGCCUAAAUAGGGCAUUUUUUCACUGUUUGAGGCCUCAAAAAAGGGGGGGGGCAAAAAGCCGUCGAAACACGCUUAUAUAAGGGAAAAGGUUAAGAUUCC